UUCACUUUAUAAUUCGUCACAAACUAUGAUCGAUCCUUCAAUCGAUAAUUACACUGAAUAUCAUAAAUAAAUUAAUAAAGAAUCGAAAUAGAAUAUGCUUUUCAAUAAAUCAAAACAAUUCAUUUUUAAUUUUGUCUUAAUUAAUUUCUCGAUGCCAUCGUAUAUAAAUUCUACUCUUUACGAAAUGGACAAGAAAAUUAGCCAAAAAAUUAAUAAUAAUUAUCUAAUUUUUUUAAUAUUAAUUAAAUUAUCACAAGGUAAAAAUCUUUGGUAUUAACCCCUAAAAGAAACUCUAAACAUUACUUUGUAAUAAACGCUAUACACAUCUCUAUAAAAUUAUUAAUUAUUUCAUUAUUACAAUUCCGAAUGCCAAAUGUACUAAACUCUUAUUAAGAAAAGAAUCACCACUCCUCUUUGCUACCAAAAUCUCCCUAGACACUCCAAUAAUGGGAUCAUUCCCUUCCCCAUCGCUUUCCUUGUCCCCCUCAUCAUCACCGGAUAACUCUUUAUCGGGUAAAAUUAGGGUUUAUUUAGCCUUUCGAUUUAGAGAAGCAAAACCAAAUGUUAAUGUAUCUGAUAUCAUGAUAUAUUGCUAUGACAUUUCGGACAAUUCGUGGAGCUUUGUCACAUUGGUUCCGUGCAUAAUUGAGAAUCAAGGUGUAAAAGAUUUUGCUAUGGUUUCACUUGGUGAUUCGAUUUACAUUAUUGGGGGCAAACUAUUUCAUCAAAAACAAGAUCAUACGUCAGAAGAAGAUGAUAGUGUAUCAUCUUCGGUGUUGCGCUAUAAUGUGUGUACGAACCAAUGGUCUAAUUGUGCCUCGAUGGCCCUUCCAAGGUACGAUUUUGCCUACACUGUUUGUGAAAAUAAAAUCUACGUGGCAGGAGGAAAAUCCACGUUGAAUAGUGUAGUCGGAGUCUCAUCUGCUGAAGUGUACGAUCCUAAUCUCGACAAGUGGAUUCAUUUGCCUGACAUGAGCACUUUGAGAUACAAAUGUGUCGCGGUGACGUGGAUGGGAAAGAUCCACGUGGUUGGUGGGUUUGCCUUAAAAACCAAUUCUGACGUAACACCACAUAAUUUUAUGGCAGAGAGAUGUUCAGUUGAAGUAUAUGACACGAAGACACGUCAGUGGGGCCUAAUGAGGGGAAUGUGGCAAUUGGAUAUUCCACCUAAUCAAAUUGUUGUUGUUAAUGGAAAAUUGCUAAGCUCAGGAGAUUGCUUAAAAGUGUGGAAAGGUCACAUAGAGGCAUAUGAUUUGGAACAAAAUAUUUGGAAUGAAUUGGAAGGGUCUAGACUAAAUUGUGAACAUGGAAUUACCAAUAAUAGUACCACAAUUCAACAAUUAUAUCUCACAAUUGCACCUAUUGGAAACUCUUUGUACUUUUUGGCGGGUUAUCGAAUGGACGGUGAUGAUUUACCGAGAAUGAAAUCAACGGUCUUUAAAUUUGACACGUCGGCUUCAAAUGAUGGAUGGAUGAGAUUUGAGACAAUAGAAGAGGAAGGAGAGAAAGUACUUUGCAGCCAUUGUUGUGUGGUUCAACUCUCCUAACCAUCUUAACCUUUUUAACAUUAUUAAAAAAAAAAGUUGUCUUAAGGUAUUAUUUAGUUAUAGUAUAAGUUUUUAUUUGGUUUUUUCUAUGCUUUUUUCUAAAAUUAUAAAUAAAUUAUUGCAUUGGUUUUAUGUUUUUUUUUUUGUUAAUGUUCAAAUAAAUUUUGAAACCUUACUAAAUAUAAAUAGAAGUUAUCUCAUCACCUUCUUUUAUGUUUAUGCCACAUAUUAUGGUACUUAUUUGUGUCAUGAGCAAUGGAUGAUCUUUUAACUUAGUUUUGUUUUUCUUCUUCUUCAAACUCAAAGAAAAAAUAUACAAAUAUAUUAAACAAAGAUAUAAAUUAAAAGCCAAAUAAAAAACAAUAAUGACAAACAAUAAACUCCAAUAAUGUAUAUAAAAUUCUUAUUAAGGAUGAAAAAUUAUAAUAUUCAUGUUUCAUUUAAUAAUUGCAGAAUAAAAAAUUGUCCUCAUUUUUACCUCGUUUUUUGUUUAAUU